AUGAAGAAGAGACUCGUUGAGUUCGUGAACUGGGUGGACUUCAGCAUCCAUCAGAGAGAGCGCAGGAAUCGUGAGAAGCCUGUGCCUGGGUAUCAUGUCCAUAGGUGUGAGCUAAAGGAGUUCCACAAAGCCGCAUAUUUAGGUGACACGCAUACACUGCAGGAGCUGCUGUCACAUAAGAAAAAUGUAGACAGCAGAGACAGGAAGAACAGGACUGCACUACACUUAGCCUGCGCCAGCGGCCAGUCAUCAGUGGUGGCUCUCCUUAUCCAGCGGAAGUGUGACCUGGAUGCUCGUGAUGAGGAAAGCAAGACAGCUCUCAUCAAGGCUGUACAAUGCCAGAAAGAAGUGUGUGUCACUAUCCUGCUGAAACAGGGUGCUGACCCAAAUCUUGCGGACAACUGUCAGAACACUGCUCUGCAUUACGCCGUCUUGGCUGAAGAUACAUCAAUUGCAGCAGAGCUGCUCUGCUAUAAGGCAAACAUCGAGGCGAUAAACCAGUAUAACUUCACACCAUUUUUAGUCGCCGUCAGGGAGAACAAAGAAGAGAUGGUCAAAUUUUUGAUUGAGAACGGGGCAAAUGUACAUGCAGUUGACAAGAUGCAAAGAUCAGCGCUCAUGCUUGCUGUGUUUCAUGACUCACCGGACACAGUCAAGCUGCUGCUUCAGAAGCACGUUAAUGCCAGUUCUCGAGAUUUACACGGAAUGUCUGCUGAAAGAUAUGCUUGUCGUAAUGGUUUUAAACACGUUGGUACUAAAACUAGUUUUAACAGGAUCUCCUUGGCAGCUGAGUCUGGGUCUGGAUGUUGCUCUCUAAAGACCUUUAAUAAAAUUUUAAAAGAAGAAAAGGAAAAAGAAACUGGUCGUGCAGUCGGGUCAUGA